GGCCGUGACGCAAGGCGGGGCAGUUGUACGGGCUUUGAUGACAGCGGGCUGAGCGCACACUUAUCAGUCCCCCGCCUCCUGUUGCUCUGCCCGCUGCUGACAGCACUCGUAGUCUCCGUCUCGCAGUCCAACGUCUGGACACGCACUUUGAGUCGACCUCACAACCACACCGACGGGUUCAGGAGCGCACACCAGGCACUCCGCGGUUGUUUCACGGCUCAAUGGAAACCGUUCAGAAGCUGACGUCCGGAUUCUCUCUGGACCUGGGACCUCUGAAAGAACCCCUGGGGUUCAUCCGUGCACUGGAAUGGGUCUUCACCAUCUUUGCCUUUGCUACGACUGGAGGUUACUCCGGGACAACCCACUUAACAGUCAACUGUCCAGAACCCACGGGAACACUGGAUGUUAAGCCUGAGUUUGGAUACCCAUUCAGGUUGUCAUCCCACCCAUAUAAGAUACCGUUAUGUAACGGCACCCAAAGCAACGAGACCUACCUGCGGGGCGACUUCUCCUCCUCAGCAGAGUUCUUUGUGUGUGUCGGUGUGUUUGGGUUCCUGUAUUGCACCGCCACACUGAUCCUCUACCUGGGCUACCAGAGUGUCUACCGCCAGACCGCCCGCGGCCCCAUCGUAGACCUGGUGGUGACUGCAGCCUUUGCCUUCCUGUGGCUCGUGUCCUCCUCCGCGUGGGGCAAAGGCCUGACUGACGUCAAGUGGGCCACUAACCCCGAUCACCUGGUGGAGUCCUGCAAGGCCCUCUGUCACCCCGGAGAGUCCCCUCCCAUGGGCCGCCUCACCGCCUCUGUGAUCUUUGGCUUUCUGAACCUGAUCCUGUGGGCAGGAAACUGCUGGUUCAUCUACAAAGAGACUUCUUUCCACAAGGAUCCCAACCCACCGGCCACCAUGGAGGAAGGAGGGCCCCCCGAGCCCCAAAACUGAGGGACUUCUAGCGUAGGCCUGCACCUACAGCAGAAACGCUUCACGUCAACAUUGGUCCCUAAUGUUAACUCGCAGAAAUAGAAAAAAAAAUGAAAACCGUCACAAAUAACCCCCCCAAAACGUGUCACUACAGUUUUUUUUUUUUAUGUUGUGGAUAUUUAACUGAAGUUGAGCUCGUCCCCAGUGGCUGAAAAACCCUCACGUUAUCUCCCCACGUGCCUUGAAAACACUAAUUGUGAUUAUAAACUAAAAUACUAAAACACUAUAUCAGCAGAGCAGACCUGCAGAGCAUAUGCUUCCACACUGUCCACCCUGGAUGUCUGGCCUUUAGCAAGCCACCUACUGACCCAGCAUCUCUGGAGAAAGCCAAAGGACUAAAAGAAGUUGAAAUCAAACAACUCUUACAUUCAAUAAUGUUUUUACUGCCAUAAGAAGCAACAUCCAGAGCCAGGCAGUUCAGUGGGAGCAGAUGCACACCAGGGUUCUUCUGUCAUUCAUAGAUCUGUAAGGGCAAUACUACAGUACAGAAUCUAAGUACUGUAUAUCUAAACAUCCAAACAAUUUCAAUAGAUGAGUCAUAGUCUGACAAAAUAUGUUGCUUGUGUAUAUAAAUAUGUACGCUCAAAGAAACAGGCGUGGUUCAUCACCAGACUGAGAUGUGUGUUAAACCAUCGCAACUGUCAGAUGAGCAGCCAUACAGUUCACCUCACCUCAGUCCACGUUACAUAAUCACAUGGUUGUUACGCUUUCAACACACUCUGGUUUCCCUGUGCCUCAACAGAACACACUAAGUCAGAAAUCACUACAAUUUACUGUACCUCAAGUGUCCUUCUCAGUGAUGUUAGUUUGCUCUCUGCACGUUUACUGCAGCAUGUGUUCACGACCUCACGGUGUCCGUUCGAACCUUGUUCUGUUCCCAUUUGUUUCAAAAUUCUAACACUAAGUCUCGCCCUUGUUUACAAAAGGUGCCUUUAAUUACACUAUACACCGGUUAUAAGUAUUUUUUAUCUACGUUCAUUUGACUGUGGCGCCAAUGUUUGAUGUCUGUUUGUGUUUCCCAACGGAAAGGUGUCUGAGUGCAGCUGUUUGUUUUUCUUUCUUUCUUUCUUUUUUGGUGAUGUUGAAUCUGUGUCGCUUUUGGUUGAAACAUCUGAUGAUAAAUAGUUUGAGUCUCACUUUGGGCAAGAUGUGGUUCGCGAGGUUGAUUUAAUCCUGCUGUAUUUCUUUAUGACUCCUGCCUAUCGUUUUAUUCUGUGUAAACAAUGAAGUACAUCAAGUUCUGUGUUGAAUUCCUGAGAGAUGUUCUACGGAAGAUAAGUCAGAGAAAGUCUCUCCAAAGUCCAGACACUGAUUAACUCUGUGUUUUCACUAAAUAUCCUAGAUUCUAAAAUCGGAUUCUGGAUUCAAUUUCACCACUUGAUCCACCCGAGCACUAAUGUUAGUCAUUUGACGUAUUCCUAAAAGUUUGACUUAUAUCUCUAACUGCAUUUUGACUUCUCCUCAAUUCUUGGAUUUGCUUUGAUUUAAUUCUCAAUAUUUCUACUUAAUUCUCCAAAUGCAAAAUGAAGAAAAAAAAUCUUCCUCUUCUCAUUGUUUUUUUUAAAUGUCUGGCCUUAUUAAAACUCUCGUGUUGAUAGUGUUACACUCAGCCCUCAAUGGAAUCCAAGUAUCCUCAUGAAGUGUAUGUGUACUAAUAGAUCGACCAGUGGCUCGAAUCGAAACGUGUGCAGCCGCUUCAUUUCACUACCUAGGGAAUAUAUGAGGGACUGUUUGAGUUAUUAUUUUGAAAGUAAUAUAUUUUCCACAUCAUAUUGAAAUUGAACAUGGAAGAAUAUAUGUAUAAUAAUCUGCUUAAUCGUUUUAGGAAGACAAAUAUUAGUUUACGUUGAGCACACAGUGAGAUAUUGCUGCUUAUGUGAUGUUGAUUGACAUAGGACUUGAUUUAUUUUACGCCUUGUCUGUCUUAAAGGAAAAUCUGAUCUGUAUGUGAUGUGUAAAACAUGAGAGCUGCCACUGCUGGA